AUGUACAAAAAGGGGGAAGUAUGCGAGGAAGUACGGGAAGUAUGGAAGAAGUUGGUGAAGUAUAGAGGAAGUUUCGAGGAAAUGCGAGGAAGUACGGGGAAGUACGAGGAAAUAUCGGGGAAAACGGCCGGAACGCACAGAACGGCCGGACCGGACAGAACGGACAGAACGGACAGAACGGCCGGAACGGACAGAACGGACAGAACGGCCGGAACGGACGGAUCGGACAGAACGGACGGAUCGGACAGAACGGACGGAUCGGACAGAACGGGCAGAACGGACAGAUCGGACAGAACGGCCGGAACGGACAGAACGGACGGAACGGCCGGAACAGUCGGAACGGUCGGAACGGUCGGAACGGUCGGAACGGCCGGAACGGACAGAACGGACGGAUCGGACAGAACGGCCGGAACGGACAGAACGGACGGAUCGGACAGAACGGCCGGAACGGACAGAACGGCCGGAACGGACAGAACGGCCGGAACGGACAGAACGGACGGAUCGGACAGAACGGACGGAACGGUCGGAACGGACAGAACGGCCGGAACGGACAGAACGGCCGGAUCGGACGGAACGGCCGGAACGGACGGAACGGCCGGAACGGACAGAACGGCCGGAACGGACAGAACGGACAGAACGGACGGAUCGGACAGAACGGACGGAUCGGACAGAACGGGCAGAACGGACGGAUCGGACAGAACGGCCGGAACGGACAGAACGGACGGAACGGACGUAUCGGACGGAUCGGACGGAUCGGACAGAACGGCCGGAACGGACAGACCGGACGGAACGGCCGGAUCGGACGGAACGGUCGGAACGGAGAGAACGGACAGAACGGCCGAAUCGGACAGAACGGCCGGAACUGCCGGAACGGACAAAACGGCCGGAACGGACAGAACGGCCGGAACAGACGGAUCGGACGGAACAACAAUGGCUUAG